UUUACCGUGUUGCUUUCACGCGUAAUACGCGUAUUGCUAUGAAUGUUUUGUUUUUAAUUUAAGUAUGGAUAUCUUUAAUAAUUUUACCCUUUCAAUACUCACUGACUGUAAAUAUGUGUUAGUAUCCUCUAAGAACAAAUUCUAUCGAGUGCAAUAGGAAGAAGAGUUUUAAAAAUUCAUGAUGGAAUACUCGAUCGCCAACUUUGAGCAAGCGGUGUCUCAAUUCUAUCACACCGAUGCUGUUUUACAAGCACAAGCUCAUCAGUGGCUUGUUGUUGCUCAAAACUCUCAAAAUGCUUGGUCUUUUGUGUGGGAACUACUUCAAAAAGAAAGGUCAGCAGAAGUUCAGUUUUUUGCUGCUACAACCCUGCACACCAAGAUCAUGAAAGCAUGGUCCGAAGUUCCUGCUAAAGAGUAUGGGGACCUUAGAAAAAGGCUGCUAGAAUCCAUCUUCAGUUACGCAGCUGGUCCAAAAAUUGUGCUCAAUAGACUGUGUAUAGCCUUGUCAGCGUAUAUACUUCAAACCACUCCCAGCUAUUGGCCAAACGCCAUCCCUGAACUGUUAGCUAUGUUCCAAUCGACCGACCUGCAAACGCUAACACCAGAGCGACGUGUAUGGAUACUCCUCGAAGUUCUUACUGUCAUUCCAGAAGAGUUUGAUAGCAUGGGUAUGAUGAAAGGCCAUAAGACCAGUGUUCGACACGAACUAGAAAAGACUACUGUACCAGUGCUCUCAUUGGUGCAGACAGUGCUGGCUGAGUCGGACUCGACCAAUGGCAGCGAAGUGGUGAGUCAGGCCGUUCGCUGUGCCAUCGCUUGGCUGCGCUUCGGAGUGAAGCCGGUAGAGUGCGAUCACCUGGUCACACAGCUCGUCUCCGUUGUCAUAGCAACCUGCCAAAGUGCCUCUGAAACUGGGGAGUUAAGUGUUGAGGCGUUGGAUCAGAUGAUCACGCACCCCGAGUGCAGUAACUACCCCACCGUAGCUUUGAAUUUCAUUCAGAGGAUAUUAUGUCUGAAAGAUUUGAUACCACAAUGCCAGUCUGUCGGGAAUGUGGAACUGAUAUCGAGUAUCUACGGUCUAUUCAUUGGAAUCGUUGAGAGCCACACCCAACUCAUUCUGCGAUGCUUCACCAAUGAAAUGAGGCAAAUUCCUGUUCAGAUCUUCCAGACUCUGCUAUCGUGUAUGAACACACCUGGCCAAUACCCUACAGAGGAGAAGUGCAGUCAAUCCACGUUCAUGUCCUGGUAUCUACUGCAGGAUGAACUGUUGAGAAUGAACGAUCGUUCAGUACUGUUGCCGUAUGUGAUACCGAUUUUCAAAGAUUUAGUUCUGAUUUUGCUGAGAAAAUGCGAAUAUCCACGUGAUAUGGAGCUUUGUGCCGAAGAUAAGGAGACUUUCCGGUGGUACCGAACCGAUAUUGCCGAUACUCUGGUAUACUGCUGCAACGUUCUGCACGACACAGUGCUGGAAAUACUGCUGAGUCAGCUACAGCUAGCGAUGACGUCACCAGAGAACGCGUGGCAGCCGCUGGAAUCGUGUCUGUUUGCAUUCGCCGCCAUUGCUGAGAACACAGACGAAAACGAGUCGCAGUAUUUGCCGCCAUUCUUCGCAGUACUGCCAACUCUGCCCUUCGACUCGCUGCACCUCUAUGUUGCCUGCACUGCUAUGGAGCUAGUCGGUUCGUAUUCGAACUGGUUGAACUACCACCCGGAGUUGCUAACUCAUGUGAUACCGCUGCUGUUGAUGGGCCUUAACAACAGUGAAACAGCUCCCAGCGCCACUCUCUCACUCAAGGACAUAUCCAAAGAAUGCCAGCUCAAAUUGAAGCCGUACUCUGAUCUCAUACUGCAUACUAGCCGGACGGUGCUGAAUGAGGGCAAAAUAAAGCAGGCAGAAUGCAUAAGACUGAUGUACUCGAUUGGCAAUGUUCUGUCAGUGUUGCCUCUGGAAACAAUUCUCCAUCACCUGGAUACUCUCAUACUACCCAUCAUCAAUCAGAUCAAAACUUUACUCGAACAAGAUCCGACGGUGGCGGUGCGCUCGGACCUACUGCUGCGACUUCGCAUGAUCGGCAUGCUGUUCAGUUCGCUGGACGUGCAAGCGUGCAAGCUGCACAACGAAGAGGGAGGCAGGCAGGAGACAGAGACAGGAGAGAAGACCGGAGACGUUGAGUCGCCGCUGCAGCCUGUCUUCCUUGUCAUGGAGCAUGUCAUCGGCCCCCUCUCUGUUGUCGUCGACAAGUGGGCCAAUGACCUCGACAUUGUUCCGGCCGUGUUCACUUUACUGAAGAAUGGACUGAUCACCCUAUUACAAGACUGCAUGCCUUUUGUUCCGGCCAUGGUUGACAUUAUUCUAAGCAGCUACAAAAAAGUUCCCACCACUGCCGCACUCGAGUUCGCCAAACCGCUAAGCCUUCUGGCGGGCCGGAAUUCGGCGCACACCGGUCACGUGCACUGUCUGCUGAUGGCGCUGACAGUGGAGACCCUCGGCCUCGAGCGGCGACAGGACUCCAUCUGCAACGGCGACCUGUCGCAGUGCUCCGACAUCGUCGACAAGUAUCUACAGCUCAUCGCCGCCAUAUUUCGGCGCGACCCCUUACUGCUGCUCCACAUCCAACAGUUCAAUAUUAACGAGGUCUUCGAGUUCGCCAUGAAGAUCCUUCUGCUGCCAGAACUAAUAACGGUGAAAGCAGCCGUCUUCUUCUUCACAGCUGUGAUAUCUCAUAGUCGCGACCAUAACCUGCUAUUAGCAUGUGUGCAACAGUAUGGCGAAAAACUAGUGGAGACUCUUCUCGCUUGUAUAGGCGGUGCAGCAUCUAGAGUAAACAUCGAGCCACUGUCUGACAUUCUUUUGGAACUGAACAAAAAGCACUCAGACAACAUGUCAAGAUGGCUCACUGCGCACCUUUCUCGCGCAGAUUUCCCCUCCCAUCGACCCUCGCUGCAGGUCAAAGCUCACUUCGCCAAAACUGUAGUCAAACAUAAAAACCGUCACAAGUUGCAGGAGACCGUCAGAGACUUCUCGCUAGUGUGUAGGGGACUUGUGAACACAGAAUAUGCGGCGUCGCAUAGUGAAACAACCGAGUAAUCAAUCAAUCAUCAUGCCAAACAACAAUCUAAGCUGUGACAAUUUCUAUUUCGUGUGAA